AUGGCCAAGUCCACCGAGUCUACGAGAGGUAGAAGAUUGAGGAGAUCGCGCAACGUUUCCUCUUUCUUCGAAGAAUCGACGGAGGACGCGGUGCCGCCGAAGACGACGAUAAACGUCCUCGUGGACGUUCACAACGGGGGUGAAAGUUCAAGACAACGACAGCAAGACAACGAAAAUGAUAUUACGAUCGAUAAGGAGAUCAAACGAUCCUCCGAACGAUCUUCCCAAAGUUCUAAAGCUUCUUCACGAGCGAGCGAAGGGCCUCAGAAUCGUUCCUCCGAUCGCAGGAGUUCCUCGAAGGAUCUUCCCAAACAUGACGAUUUGUUGGUGGAAUCGUUAGAUCUGAUAGAGGAAUUCGAGGCUCCGAGAAAAAGGGACGAGUCUCUCGAAGAAAAACCACGACGCAGGAAGCAAUGGAGCACCGUGGUGAACGUGACGAACGAAACGGAAAUAGACUCGAAGAGACCACCGCGGAAACGCUGGUCCAAGGACGCCGGGGUGAUCCGAUUACCCGAGACGAGCGAUGACGCGUCCCCGUUGAUCGAAGACACGCGUAAAACGCCGGUACCAGCACCGCGAACCACCUUGCGGCGCAGUGACGUCCUCUUCGACAAUCCAGCGUUCGUGUCCGAUAACGAGGACGAGGUGCUCCGGAUCGAGACUGAUCACAAUCGGGAGAGUACCAAGAUUGAAUUGAGAAAAAUGAGCGAUCGCUCGAACGUCGAGGACGUGGACGACGCUGGGAUUCUGUCCAGCGGUUCUUCGAGGAGGCAUCGACAGGAAUCGGUGAUGAGCGAACGUCUCGCGGUGGACAGUGACGAUCGUUCUUCGAAGGCGAGAUUUUCGGAAAGUCGAAGGAUUAGCGUUGGAGAACUCGGUUCGUCGGCGAGUCUGGAGAGGAUCACUGAUGUUCGAUCGAGCUCGAUCGCCUCCGAGGAACGAGUCCCCAGCGGCCGGAGAUCCAAGCCGAAAACGAAGCGCGAUCAAUCCAGGAGGAAGGAGCGACCGUUGUUCAAGAAGAAGGAGAUCACUUCCGGCGAAGACGUGCCGGUCAGCUCAUCUGCGAGGGAUGCGAAUUCAACGACAGAGACGGAUGCAAGGGUGAGAAAGAAGAGGAAGAAGAAACGUAAACAGGAAAAGGAGAAGGAAGAGGUGAAGUUUAUCUCCGUGACGAUUCACCGGGCUGACGUGCUGGAAGCCGAUUACGUGAACGUGAGGCGACCGAUGGUCAGAGUUCAUAUCGUGGACACUCGCACGGGCUCGUAUCUGAAAAGCACGGAGAACAGCGGUACGUAUCUUCAGCCGAUGAUCACCGGCAAGUUUGACUUCAAGAAGAAUAGGUCGAUGAUACCUGUCUGGGAAGAGGAGCUCAUCUUUGAACACAACUUCGACGCGAUCAUGAGGCGCGAGGAUAACGAACAAGUGGUGCUACUUUUCGAGAUUAUAGAGCUUCUGAGCUUCGCCGACGCGAGCAUCAGUUACGACAAAAUUGGUAGCGAGGGAUGCUGGAACAAAAUCGCCUGGGCAUUUCUUAAGCCCGUAGGAGCCAAUAACAUUCUUCAUACGGACAAAAAAGUACGAUUGCAACUUUACAAGCCGAGACGGACUUUUAAAAAGUACGGAAGGCAAAAGUGCGAGGUUUAUGACUGGUGGCGGUCGAACAAUAGGGACAAGUAUCCCAGCAGUCUCCUGGUAACGGUGACAUCAAUCCCACCGCCGAAACUUCAAUCAGUUCUUUAUGAAAAGCUGCCAAUAAACGAUCUCCUAAAUGAUUCGCAAAACGAUUUGCGGGAUCUUUCAAAAUGUACGUCGGAGUCGAUAGGUCUUCCUAAAUGGGCGCGAUUAGCGGCUCAAUCUUGCAAAAUCCCGAAUGAGAAGAUGUUCGAGACGGAAGUGAGUGAAAGAGGCUGUUUCUACGUCGCCUUCAGCAACGACGGCAAGUAUCUGGCUUGCGUCCAUUCCGAGGAGUACUAUUACCCAAUUGUCGUUUACGAGGUCGAAACCAGCAAGAUCCAUGUUCGAUUUCUCGGUCACAAGGCUUUCGUGUACUCUCUAAAUUGGUCCAACGACGAUCAUUGCCUGUUGUCGGCGUCGGCAGAUCAAACGGCACGUAUCUGGGACAUUCGCAAUCAGAUCGUGCAGCACAUCGAAGUGCUACCACAUCCUUCGUAUGUCUAUUGCGCCAAGUACGGGCCCGGCAAUGCGACGAUCGUGGCGACAGGAUGUUACGAUCGAAUCGUUCGCAUCUGGGUGAACGACAGGAGGUCAAGGAAGCGAGAAUUGAACCAGGAAUUGGAAGGUCACGAGGGUUUCGUCAAUUCGAUGGUCUUUCAAAAAAACGGUAACUUGAUUACCGCCGACAGCGUGGGAUUGAUAAUUCUUUGGACGAUCCGUAUAGACAGUAAGAUAUCAUCGAAGAGGACGGAGUGCAUCUUGAGAAAGAUAAAAAUCCGCGAGAUCGAGGGUAUCGUUAUCAACACGAUCGUCUUGCAUCCCCUCGAGUCUAGACUCCUCGUACAUUCAAGAGACAACGGCCUGCGAAUGCUGGAUCUUGCGACCGGUGUGGUAUUGCAAAAGUAUAAACGGCUCAACAAUCAAAGGCACGUUGGAAUACAAUUGAAAGCCUGUAUAUCUCCCUGCGGUGGAUUUGUUAUAUGCGGUAGCGAAGAUUCCAUAUUGAAUAUCUGGAAUUUGGAGACAAGUAAACUCGUAGCAAAGUACACGAAUAAUGGACGUAAUUCGGCUAAGAUGAUUGUUACCUGCGUGGAUUACCAUCCCUACGAUCACGUUUUGGCAUACUCGAUAUUCGGUAGUCCUACGCCAGUACAUGUUUUGAGAUACAAUAAAGACGCUAGUGGCAACGACGUUGGAUUAUAUCUUACGGAAGAUGCGUCGCAAAAUCGGGGUAAUGAAGUGAUCUUGAAUGCCUCGAGUUGCCCUCGACAGAGUAAACCUAACGCAACAGGGAGAAAGAAAAUGCCCCCUUUGCUUCAUCAUUUAACAACCGAUCACACGACAAUACAAAUCGAAAAUAAUGAUCAUGGACGACUGUGGACAAUGCCGCACUAUUCGAGAGAAAUGGAGCGAAAUUGGAGAAAGAAGAGCUGGGAUCGGCUUCACAAUAUUAUUGAAAAGAUCGACUCAAUUUUAUUCGGGAAUUCAAUGCUUUUUGAAGACGUCGCCGAAACCAAACAGAGUUCCAGCGCGACUGAACGUGGUGAUACUUGGACCAACAAUACAUCCAAUAUCGCUCUUCAUCGAGAUAUGUUUCUCGAAGAUCACGCCGUGAACUCCGCAAAAUCUCAUGACGAUCUCGGAAAUGGUAACACCACACGGUCUAGUUUUACGACUGUAUCCAAGAGUCCGGAUCAUUCGUUUGAUUUUCGCAAUUCGGUAGCUGCGUUCGAAAAAGCAGAUAUGUCGUCGCGCAUAAGCUCCCCAGACAGCGCGGGUACUUAUAUCGUAGAAAUGUCGAACUUCAAUAAAAACGUCGAAGUUGCUGCCAUAGCUGAAGAGAAAGAUUCCGUCCAAACGAUUGAAAGCGAUAACUCACGGAUUAGCAAUGUUACUUUCCUCAUAGAGAAUGAACGAGCGUAA